UUCAGCACUGUCUCGGUGACUGUGAGCCUAGAUGUCGAUGCACAUGUUGAUCAGCUGCCAGUCAAACGCCACAAGUCUAAAAAAAAUCAUUACAGAAUUUUUUCCAUCUUCAACAGUAUUAGAGGGGAAGCAGUUAAGUUGACAUCGGCCAACUUUGACAGCCAAGUUUUAAACCAUGAGCUAGUAUUUCUCAAUUUUUAUGCUGACUGGUGCAAGUUCAGCCAGAUAUUAGCACCAGUUUUCAAUGAGGCAGCAGAUCAUGUAACAAAAGAAGUCCAAGAACCUGGUAAAGUACUAUUUGGAAUGGUGGACUGUGAUACUGAAACUAACAUAGCAGCAAGGUUUCACAUUACAAAGUACCCAACUCUAAAGUUGCUACGAAACGGAAAGGUGAUGAAGAGGGAAUACAGAGGUCAGCGGUCAGCAGAUGCUAUUGCAGAAUACAUUCGUGACCUCUUAAAAGAUCCUAUAAUUGAAAUAAAAGAACAAAAAGAUUUUGAUAAUAUUCAUGAGAACAAGAGAACAGUGUUAGGAUAUCUUUCUAGCAAAGCUCUUCCUCACUAUGAAGUGUUUAGAAAAGUUGCCAUGGAUCUUCGGGAUGAUUGUGAGUUCUUCGUCAUAACUGGAGAUCUUGCGAAGUCAGGACCCAACAAUGAGGGGAGCAUUGUCUUCAAACCUGCUAGGUCAAAGCUUAGUGAAAAUGAUGAAAUAUAUCCAGGGUCAUUAUUGAGUUAUGAAGAACUCAGUGUUUGGACGACAAAUCGUUGCAUUCCUCUGGUCAGGGAAAUCACUUUUGAAAAUGCUGAGGAACUUACAGAAGAAGGGUUGCCAUUUCUUAUACUAUUCCAUAAUCCUGAUGAUAAAGAAAGUGUAAAAAUAUUCACAAGGGAAGUUAGCACCCACUUGAUGAGUGACAAAAGCAGUGUCAACUUCUUAACAGCAGAUGGUCAGAAGUUUUCUCAUCCACUGCAUCACUUGGGCAAGAGUCAGAAAGAUUUGCCUCUCAUUGCAAUUGAUAGUUUUCGCCACAUGUACCUGUUCCCUGACUUCAACGAUCUAUAUGUCCCAGGAAAGCUGAAACAGUUUGUUGAAGACCUAUACUCAGGAAAACUGCACCGCGAAUUUCAUUAUGGUCCUGAAACAACAACCAAAUCUCGGUCCGAUGCUUCUCCACCUAAUGUUCAGAAUCUACCAACCAAUCCACCAGAAUCUACAUUCAGAAAAUUAGCGCCAUCUAGAAACAGAUAUACUAUUUUACGUGAUGAACUUUAGAAAUGUGAUAUCAAAUGUGGUAAACGUCUACAUUUUCCUUAAUAAAAAUAAAUGAGAAAAAAAAUUCUCAAUUCAUCUUGGAGGUUUGUCCAUGCGAUAAGGACCAACUAUGUUCAGGACUA